AUGCGAGGCCACUGGGGAUUAGCCGAGCCUUUUGUAGCGACAAAAGCAAACGACAAAGUCUACGAAGCACGCGUGGACGGGCUCUUGCGAAUCAACCAAAAGAAUACCCGUGCUAUCAUCGAAGUCAAGCCUUUCAUUCGGAAUGCAUCUCCAGAGACCCUCGAUGGAAUUCGCAUGCAAGAAACAGCCCAGAUGGCGGCCUGGAUAGCCCAAGACCCUCCAUCCCUGACUGGGCCCGCGUCCAAUAGAUUCACACGCCUCCUGGUCUCCCAGGAUCACGGCGAGAUCUACCUCAUCAUUGCCAGUUUCAGUGCCGAGUACGUCGAGUACAUCUGUGCUCGCAGCGUCCGAAGAGCAACCAAGGAUUCAUUUCUCGAGAUGAACGAGUAUGGCCCGUUCUUCGUCAAAGAUCCCAAGCACAUGAAGCAGUUAGGAACGAUCCUUCUGGCCGUCUCCAUUCAAGGCGGCUUAUAG